AAAAUAAAUGUAUAUAAUUGAUUAUCAUAAGGUUGAAUUUUUUUAAGAAAAACAUUAUAAAUAUCAAAUACAUAUAAUCACAAGUAAAAAUUAAAGUAGAAACCCGGUACAAUGUCGAGACUACCCACUAGUUCCAAAUGAAAGGUUAAAAAACAUAGAAGUAAUAAAACCUUCAUGAUGGGUUGGGCCCAUUAUUUGGGCCAAAAAUGUUGUCCCAAAACCCACUUAUUGGGCCAAAAUUGUGCACAAAAUUUGAAUUUUCACCAAAAAAAUAAAAAAUAAAAAAUAAAUUCAACUCUGCUAUUAGUUCAUUCCUCAGACCAAAUUCCAGAACGAAGGAAGGGCUUUAACGGGGUUUCACAAACCUCUAAACUCAACUUCCUCACUCUCUCAAAAACACACACCUUUCGCCUUCUUCCUCCAUUUUCUCUCUCCUCCUAAAACUCUCCCCAAUUUUCCCGCCCUAAAUCCCUUUCUUCCUCAAACCACCAUUUCUAGGGUUUCUCCAAGCUUCAACAAUGGUGUCUCCUAAGCAACUCCUUUCCACAAUCGAAUCCACACUUCUAAGCUCUUCUCCUCCUUCUCCUUCCGAUCGUAUUGAGCUUAUGCACGCCGUUCGCAGUUCUCUCUCCUCUCUCCAAAACCUCCUCUCUUAUCCUCCUCCUCGACCGGCGGAUCGAACUGAGGUGCAAUCGAAGGAAGUACGGUUACCGACGUCCCCGCCGAUAUCGUUGGACGAUCAGGAUGUUCAUCUUGCUCUGAAACUGAGUGAUGAUCUUCACCUCAAUGAAAUUGAUUGUGUGCGGUUGCUUGUUUCUGCAAACCAAGAGUGGGGCUUGUUAGGACGAGAACCUUUGGAAAUUUUACGUCUAGCGACUGGACUCUGGUAUACAGAAAGAAGAGAUCUAAUCACAGCCUUGUACACUCUAUUGAGGGCUGUUGUGCUUGACCAGGAUCUUGAAGGGGAUCUGGUGGCUGACAUUCAGAAAUAUUUAGAGGAUCUUUUAAAUGCUGGGCUCAGACAACGAUUGAUAACUUUAAUAAAGGAACUCAAUUGGGAAGAACCAGCUGGUUUAGGGGGUCCUAAUGCAGAGCGUUAUAUCAUUGAUGCUCGUGGUGCUAUUGUGGAGCGUCGAGCAGUUGUUUGCCGGGAAAGACUUAUCCUCUCUCACUGCCUUGUGUUGUCUGCUCUGGUUGUGCGCACAAGCCCCAAAGAUAUAAAGGAUAUAUUCUCAGGACUGAAAGACAGUGCUGCUGAACUCAACGGCUGCACUGACACCUCAAAAUAUCAGAUCACAUAUGGCAUCCUUUUUUCUCUUGUAAUUGCAUUCACUUCUGAUGCUCUAAGCACUGUUCCAGAGAAAGUGUCUGUCCUUUCUCGUGAUGUUUCCUUCAGACAAGAGUUUCAAGAUAUUGUGAUGGCUCCUGUUAACGACCCAAAUAUAAGUGGAUUUGUUGACUGCGUAAGACUGGCAUGGUCAGUGCAUCUGAUGUUAGUACAAGAGGGAGUCACAACAAGGAAUACAAUCUCCAGUGCUUCGUCCAAAGACUUGCAGAAUAUUAGCUCUUGCUUGGAAGUCAUUUUCUCAAACAACGUGUUUCAGUUUUUCAUGGAGAAAGUUCUCCGAACUGCUGCUUAUCAGAAUGAUGAUGAAGAUAUGACUUAUAUGUACAAUGCUUAUCUUCAUAAGCUUAUGACUAUCUUCUUGUCUGAACCACUUGCUAGAGACAAGGUAAAAGAGGUCAAAGAGAAGGUUAUGACUACACUAAGCCCUUAUCGCAUGGGAGGACCUCAUGGCUUUUCUCACUUGGACAACAUAAAUGCUGGUCAUGCUGCUGAAGUUGAUCGUCAACCAUUUAUUUCCUUGUUGGAGUUUAUCAGUGAGAUUUAUCAGAAAGAACCGGAAUUGCUGUCCGGAAAUGAUGUUCUGUGGACCUUUGUUAACUUCGCUGGGGAAGAUCACAGUAAUUUUCAUACGCUGGUUGCUUUUUUAAAAAUGCUUGGCGCCUUGGCUUGCAGUCAAGAGGGUUCGUCAAAAGUUUUUGAGCUGCUUCAGGGGAAAACUUUCCGUUCUGUUUCUUGGAGCACUUUGUUUGAUUGCUUGUCAAUUUAUGCGGAUAAGUUUAAGCAGACUCUUCAGAGCACUGGUUCCUUGCUGCCAGAAUUUCCAGAAGGGGAUGCUAAAGCACUUGUUGCAUAUUUGACUGUUCUUCGAAAGGUUGUGGAAAAUGGAAAUCCCAUUGACAGGAAAAACUGGUUUACUGAUAUCGAGCCAUUAUUUAAGCUCCUUAGUUAUGAAAAUGUGCCUCCUUUUCUCAAGGGUGCCUUGAGGGAUGCUAUAGCUGUAUUUAUCCGAGUUUCUCCAUUGAUGAAAGACACUAUUUGGGGCUAUCUUGAGCAAUAUGAUCUGCCAGUUGUAGUUGGACCCCAAGUUGUAAAUACUGCACAGCCAAUGUCUACCCAGGUGUAUGAUAUGCAGUUUGAGUUAAAUGAAAUUGAGGCAAGGAGAGAAUAUUACCCCUCCACAAUUUCAUUUAUUAAACUAUUGAAUGCUCUGAUUGCUGAAGAAAAAGAUUUUAGUGAUGGAGGUCGUAGGUUCGUUGGUAUAUUCAGAUUCAUUUAUGAUCAGGUCUUUGGGCCUUUUCCACAAAGGGCCUAUGCCGAUCUAUCUGAAAAGUGGCAGUUGGUAGUUGCUUGUCUUCAUCAUUUUCGAAUGAUACUAACUACAUAUGAGAUAACAAUUGAGGAUAUCGAGAGUGUUGCGGACCGAUCUCAGCUCUCUACAGUUCAGCAGCCUGCUCAACACCAACUGCAUCUUCCUGUGGUUGAGCUAAUGAAGGACUUCAUGAGUGGCAAGACAGUAUUUAGAAACAUCAUGGGUAUUCUCUCACCCGGGGUUAAUGCUAUCAUCACUGAACGCACUAGCCAAAUAUAUGGGGACCUUUUGGAGAAAGCAGUUAAUUUGUCUCUGGAGAUUAUAUUUCUUAUUUUAGGCAAGGACAUACAGCUUGCCGAUUAUUGGCACCCUCUUUAUCAGCCUUUGGAUGUGAUUCUUUCACAAGAUCAUAAUCAAAUUGUAGCUUUGUUAGAGUAUGUGAGAUAUGAUCUACAGCCACUUAUUCAACAAUGCUCAAUCAAAAUCAUGAGCUCUUUGAGCUCUCGUAUGGUUGGGCUUGUCCAGUUAUUGCUGAAAUCUAAUGCCGCAAGCUCUUUGGUAGAGGAUUAUGCUUCGUGCCUGGAGAUACGUGCACAAGAAAGCCAGAUUGUGGAUAAUAGCAGUGAUGAUCUGGGUGUGCUUAUACUCCAGCUUCUAAUUGACAAUAUCAGCAGGCCAGCGCCAAAUGUGACUCAUUUGCUACUUAAAUUUGAUCUAGAUACCCCGAUUGAGCAUACGGUCUUACAGCCAAGAUUUAAUUACAGUUGCUUAAAGGUUAUUCUUGAUAUGUUGGAUAAACUUUUGAAGCCGGAUGUAAAUGCAUUGCUUCAUGAGUUUGAAUUUCAGCUUCUUUAUGAGUUAUGUGUUGAUGAACUUACAUCAGGUCCAAUGAUGGAUCUAUUGAGUAAUAAGAGAUAUCAUUUCUUUGUCAAGCAUUUGGAGACGAUUGGCAUUGCUCCGCUGCCUAAACGGAACAGUGCCCAGGCUUUACGAACGAGCUCACUUCAUCAGAGAGCUUGGCUGUUGAAGCUUCUGACUGUCGAGCUGCAUUCUGGCGAUAUGACUGAUUCUAGCCAUAGAGAAACAUGCCGAAAGAUCCUUGUCUAUAUGUUUGGGCAAGAAAUGAACGAACUGGAGGGUGAUCAUGAUAUUGCUUCUUCCUUUGCUUUGCAAAACAGAGAUAAUACUGGGACUGGAACAAUCAGUAAAAGCAAGGCAUUAGAGCUGCUUGAUAUCAUUCAAUUUAGAGCUCCUGAGGCCACUCUGGACUAUUCACAAGUCGUAUCUAAUACAAAAUGUAGCAUGCUAGCCGAAGAAAUUCUUCGAAGUUCUGUCUCUGAGAAGGAUGGUGUAUACUAUUACUCAGAGCGAGGUGAUCGUCUAAUCAAUCUUACAUCAUUCCGAGACAAACUUUGGCAGAUGAGUUCCUUUGGCAAUGAACUAGAGCUUAAUGACUUGCGAGAGAUGGUUCAACAAUUGCUUAGAUGGGCUUGGAAGUACAACAGAAAUCUGGAGGAACAGGCUGCCCAACUUCAUAUGCUAACCGGCUGGUCCCAGAUUGUUGAGAUUUCUGCUUCAAGAAGAUUGUCAUCCCUUGAAAAUAGAACUGAAGUCUUGUUUCAAUUGCUUGAUGCCUCUAUCAGUGCUUCUGCUUCACCCGACUGUUCUCUAAAGAUGGCACUAUUGUUAACUCAGGUUGCUCUUACAUGUAUGGCCAAGCUGCGAGAUGAUAGAUAUUUAUAUCCUGCUGGUUUAAAUUCAGAUGCUGUAACUUGCCUUGAUGCUAUAAUGUUUAAACAAUUAUCAAAUGGGGCUUGUCUCUCUAUAUUAUUUAAACUUACUCUGGCACUUCUGAGACAUGACUCAUCAGAAGCCUUGAGAAGAAGGCAGUAUGCAUUGCUUUUGAGCUAUUUCCAGUACUGUCAACAUGUGCUUGAUCCAGAUGUACCUAAGAGGAUGCUGCAAUUACUACUUGGUACCAAUCAGGACAGUGAAGAUAUGGACCUUGAAAAGAUUGACAAAGAGCAAGAAGAACUGGCACGGUCAAAUUUCUCUAUAUUGCGGAAAGAAGCUCAAGCUAUUCUAGAUUUGGUGAUAAAAGAUGCAACCCAAGGCAGUGAAUCUGGGAAGACUAUAUCACAUUUUGUUCUUGAUGCACUAAUAUGUAUCGAUCAUGAGAAGUUUUUCCUGAACCAACUUCAGAGUAGAGGUUUCCUGAGGUCUUGCUUGAUGAGCAUCAGCAACUUUUCUCAUCAGGAUGUCCGGCGUACUAUGGAGACUUUGCAGAGAGCCUGUACACUUGAGGCUGAACUUGCUUUGGUGUUAAGAAUCAGUCAUAAAUAUGGAAAGGCUGGAGCUCAGGUUUUGUCCUCCAUGGGUACCUUGGAGAAUUUGGCAUCUUGCAAAGCACUAUAUAUGCCCCUGAAGGGAAGCUUAAGGCGGGCAGAAACUAGGUUCGGAAGAGAACUGCCUGCAAACGCUGACAAGCAGCAAGUGAUUGUUGCUCCAGUAUUGAGAUUGGUGUUAUCUCUGACUUCAUUGGUUGACGCAUCUGAAUUCUUCGAGGUGAAAAAUAAAAUUGUUCGUGAGGCUAUCGAGUUUGUAAAAGCCCAUCCUUCUCUGUUUGACCGGGCUUUGCAAGAAAACAUUUUUGAAGUUGAUGACUUGAUGAUGGAGCUUAUUAAUCUUUCUGUUGGCAUAUUAAGUAAGGUCUGGCCUUAUGAGGAGAAUGAUGAGUUUGGAUUUGUUCAAGGCCUUUUUAGGAUGAUGUGUGAUAUGUUCUCUCAGGACUCUGAAUCAUUUUCUUCUGUCUCUCCUGGGCUGUCUCCUUUGAACCAAAGGAGGUCGGAACUAAAGAAAUAUCAUAUAGGCUUCAGACUCAGUUCAUACCUUUAUUUCCAAGUGACGAAGAAAUCCCUUAGGUUGCAGGUUUCAGAUGAUCAAUCAGCAUACCACAAAUUUGGUGGAAAGCAGCAACCAACAUUAGCACUGCUUGGCCAUUUUCUCAACACUGUAACCAGUGCCCUAGAAAGGGCUGCGGAUGAGAAGUCUCUGUUGCUUAACAAGAUUCAAGAUAUAAAUGAGCUAUCUAGACAAGAAGUGGAUGGCAUAAUCAAUACCUAUACAGAGAAGACUCGUGUUUCAACAUCAGACAAUACAAACACAAGACGUUAUAUUGCAAUGGUGGAGAUGUGUCAAAUAGUUGGUGACCGAGAUCAGCUGGUCACUCUAUUGCUUCUACUGGCAGAGAAUGUGCUGAAUGUGAUCCUUGCUCAUUUCCAGGACACUUCUUUGAUGGCUGGAACGAAUGACACUACAAAGCUGAUUACAUGUACAUCAGAUGUGGAGUCUAAACAGGAUCUAUCGUCCUUAUGUGGAAAGUUACUUCCCAUCCUAGAAAGAUUGGAAUUGCUAAACGAGGAUAAGAUUGGACAGAGUCUCAAGGUGUUUGGCAGAUUAGUAACCUCACUUAAGGAAUUGACCAUCCGUAAACUGGCGUCAUGAUUUUUACCAGGCUCAAUUUUGUUAGGAUUUUGGUGUUGAUAUAAUUUUUAAUCUAUUGUUGUAUGUAGUAUAUGUAUCCCUUGUGACCUACAGGCUACAGUAAUGAACGCCUUUCUAAUGAUUAUGAAGGUGGUUGUAAUUUGUAUAUACUUCUCUUUGCACA